GAAGGAGAGGAUCCCACUCAUCCAAUCCCACUGUAGUCUGCACUAAAAACGUCUCGGGCUGUGGCUAGGAAAGCAGACAGACAGAUAGACAGACAGGCACAGGUGCUGCAGACGGCAGUCAUAGGGUAGGAGGAGACUACAGUUCCAGAGAGGAAUAGCUAGCUCGAGCUUGAGAGGAAUUCCAAAACAGCAGACGUCCCUCCCGAGAGCGAGUGGCGAGAGCAGCACGGCUCCAAGGCAGAGACAGUAGUCAGCCAGCACCAGUGAGUCCGGGAACCACAUGCCACACACACCUCUUCAGCAGUCAGCACUAGGACUGAAGACCUUCAGGAGGACAGUGGACACCUCCUUCUGACACGAACCAGGAGCUCAUCCCAGGAAUUACAAAGGAAAAGUGGCCUGUUGACCGCUCUGCAACCUCAUAGACAACACUGGUGAGAACUUGGACUUGGAUUUCCUGAUUACGACACAUAGAUCGAACCUAUCUUCGGAGCAGCACAAGACAACACAGCCGUUUCAUUGAGAAUGUAAUUCCCCCAUCUCUGCAGGGAGACCUUGUGUUCAGUGUGAAGUUCUUCACCAAUCCUAAUGUUCUAGGAGUGUUCUCCUCUCUUUGUCCUUUAUCUCUGAGCUCUAUUCGACAGUGACCACCAUGCCUGCCAAAGCACCCAUCUACCUGAAGUCCACCAACAGCAAGAAAGGAAAGAAGUGUCGUCUGAGAGAUAUCCUGUCCCCAGACAUGAUCAGCCCACCGCUGGGGGACUUCCGCCACACCAUCCACAUCGGAAAGGGCGGCGAGAGGGACGCCUUUGGGGACAUGUCCUUCCUCCAGGGGAAGUUUGAGCUCCUGCAUGGGAAAGGCGAGGUGUUCCGUCCGCAAUACGGCAUCCACAACGAGUUCCUGCGGGCCAACAGCGCAUCUGAUGCCCAGCUCACCGAGACGCCUUCUCCGGUUCUGAAGAACGCCAUCUCGCUCCCUUCAAUCGGGGGGUGCCAGGCCCUCACCCUGCCCCUCCUCUCCACCGCUGUGUUCUCUAUGCCCGCUACGGAGCCCCUGGAUGGCAUGGUAGGGCGGGUCCCUACCACUCCCCUAGGGGGCCCAGAUGGGACUGAUAAACUGGAGUUCCUGGAGAUGGAAACCCUGUUGUGUUCCAUUAAGGUCUUAAGCAGCGACCACACCAAACCUCCUACAGAAGUCACAUCCAAACCAGACGUCCUGCUGGAUCUGAUAGAGAAACCAGCUAAGCCAGAGAAGAAGAAAGUAUUCAAAAGCAAUUAUGAAAAGUAUAAUGUUGAAAACAGGUAUGAAAAGCCUUCACCAACCUAUUACAUCAAUGGCAACAGCAAUGGCACCUGCAAUGGUAAUGGUGGCUUCAAUGGGAACAGCAAUGACAUCUUCAAUGGUAACGAAGCCUUCAACGGCAACUGCAAUGGCUUUGGAAGCUUUAACAAUGACAUUACCCUCUGCUACGAGAAAGCGCUCUCUAACUGCAAUGGAGACUGGGUGGACAGGGACAGCGGGGUGGAUGAGGGGCGCAUUUGCGACAUUGACUUUGAGUUCUGCAAUGACAAGAGUGUGUCACAGGAUUCAAUCUCCCACAUCACUGGUUCACUUUUGUCACUUGAACUCGAUUUGGGCCCAUCCAUCCUUGAUGAUGUACUCAACAUCAUGGGUGACCCCAAGGCAAAGAGCAGACCUUGAGCAAUGCCAAGGCUGGUGAGUUGAAAGGGAAAUAUAGAACUUAAGAGAGAACUAUGAGAAAAGACUCACAAACCUGUCAAAAUAUUGUCUAUGGCAUGUGGAUAUUAUUGUGAUGGAAAUUAACUUAAGUAUGCAGCAUCUCUGCUUAUGUCCUUAUUUUCUAAAUACGUUUCUAUCUGAGCUUUCAUAUGGUUUCAAUGCUUUUUCUGAUUGUGCAUUGUGCUACAGGCAUGAGAGAUGCAUGCGCUAUUGAAUUACUACUAAAUCCCAGCCUAUUUUGCAAUCUAUUUUGCAAUUACACUACCAGUCAAAAGUUUGGACACACCUACUCAUUCAAGGGUUUUUCU